AUGGAAGCCGUGCACGGCAUACAGUCUCUGGCUUCCGGAGACGGCCAUCAUCACAUUUCCCGGACCCUUGGGCCGGCGCUGCUGAUCUCCGUCGGGUAUAUUGAUCUUGGCAAGUGGGUGGCGACGGUCGACGCCGGGACUCGGUUCGGGUACGACCUCGUGCUGCUGGUGCUCCUUUUCAACUUCUCCUCGGUUCUGUAUCAGUAUAUGUCCACCUGCAUCGGCAUGGUCACCGAGAAGAAUCUUGCACAGAUCUCCGACCAGGAGUACAGUCGGUUUAUAUGUGUCGGCCUUGGUGUCCAGGCAGGAUUGUCUUUGCUUACUUCAGAACUAACCAUGAUUUCAGGUAUAGCAGUUGGAUUCAACCUUGUAUUUGAUCACGAUGAUCUCAUCACGGGCAUUAUUUUUGCAUGCGUUGUAAUCAAUCUGCUGCCAUUUCUUUUGUCCUCUCGGGACAAGAGGAUGUCUGGAACGUUAAAUGCCUGCAUAGCGGGCUUUACGAUUCUCUGUUUUGUGCUUGGUUUGUUAAUCAGUCAACCAGAGAUACCUCUCCAUGUGAAUGUGAUGUUCCCCAAGUUGAGUGGUGAAAGUGCUUACUCACUGAUGGCACUUAUGGGUGCAAACAUAAUAUCACACAAUUUUUAUGUUCACUCAUCAGUUGUUCAGGUUCAGAGGAGGUCUCAUGUUCUUACCCUUCGUACCCUGUUUCAUGACCACCUUUUUUCUAUACUAUUCAUUUCUACUGGAGUUUUUCUUGUGAACUAUGUUCUGUUGAGCUCAGCAGCAUCGGAAUCUAGUCACAAUGUGAUCCACUCCUUUCACGAUGCUGUAGAUCUGAUGAACCAGAUAUUUACGAAUCCCAUGGCUCCACUUGUGUUACUAGCGGUUCUUCUCUUUUCGAGUCACAUUAUUUCAUUGACAUCUGUCAUCGCCAGUCAUGCGGUCAUGGAGAAUCUCUUUGGUGCAAACCUGUCUCUUUAUGCACAUCAUGUGCUACUCAAGGUUCUUGCCAUGGUUCCCACCAUGUACUGUGCAAAAGUAGCAGGCUCUGAAGGGAUAUAUCAGUUACUCAUUCUGUGUCCGGUAAUCCAGGGCAUGACCCUGCCCUCCUCUACCAUUCCUGUUUUCCGUAUCGCCUCAUCAAGGUCAAUAAUGGGCAACAACAGGAUAUCUUUAUACGUUGAGAUACUAGCCUUCCUUGCAUUUCUUCUUAUGUUGUUUACAAAUAUCAUCUUCGCGGCGGAAAUCCUGUUCGGUGACAGCAGCUGGACAAACAACCUGAAAGGGAACACCGAAAGCCCUGUCAUAAUUCACCAUACUGUACUAAUUCUAAUGUCCUGUGCAUCUAUUGCUUUUACACUCUUCCUGGCUGUGACUCCACUAAAAUCAGCCAGCAGUGAAGCUCAAACCCAGGAGUGGUCUGUGCACUCUCCGAGAGAAGCACCGGACACUACUCAUCACAGAGAAGAUACUUAUCCGGAAUAUAUCGCACACGAAGAAAUUCAAAGGUAUUCUAUUGAUGCUGUUCCAAGGGAUUCAUUGGAAAGUCAUCAGAAAUCAGCUUUGGGGCAUACUGACAGUUCUGAAACCACUGCAGAAUCCGAUAACGGGACCCAACAAUCAACUGCUCAUAUGGCGACCAUUCCUGAGGCCGACCCCGUAACGUCCAGCAACCUUGAGGAGUCAAAAUCAGUUGUUAGUGCUGGCUUUACAGAGUCAACUCCGAAGGUCUCUACUGCCACUGUGGUAGAACAAAGUUUCAACAGAUAA